AUGCAAAGCAAAACAAGAAAGUGCGGUAUUCUAUCGUGGGUAUCCAAGAAGCCAAAGAGCACAGAGGAGAUGUACACAGAGAUUAGAGGGCUUGAAUACAGCCAGGCAGAAACAUCCCAGGAGAGCAUAUGCCUAUCACAAAUUUCUGUUGAUGAUGCAUCGCAAAAGGAAAAUGUGCAAAAUAUUGACAAUGCUGCUGAGCUGGCAGAACAAAGAAAUAUAGCAGCCAAAAUAGACAGAAAAGACACAAAGAAAGAGAGGCCUGUGCUCCAGGCACACCCCUCCUUCACAGAAGAGCCUGAAGAGAAUGCGGUUACACUGUCUUUCCUGUCUCCGCCAAAAGACAAGUUUGGAAGAGCACCUGAUGAUGCAAACUACGAUGCAACUACUCUGUUCAUAUCGAGCAAGGAGCUGUCUUCUAUGACGCCGUGUGAAGAACAGUUUUGGAGAAUAAAAAUGGAGUAUUUUGACACGAUUGUUCUUUUUAAAAAGGGCAAGUUCUACGAGCUGUUUGAAAAUGAUGCGGUUCUCUCUUCUGAGCUUUUUGGGCUGAAGCUAACAAAAAGAGGGUCUAUGCGAAUGACAGGCAUCCCUGAGAUGUCUCUUGACACGUGGACAGACAGAUUCAUCUCCAAAGGAUACAAAGUUGCUAUUGUAGACCAAAAAGAAACAAGCGUGUCCCAGAACAUGCGAGUAAAAUCGGGAGAGUGCAAACAGAAAAUAAUUGAGAGGGAGCUAAAAGAGGUUGUAACUGAAACUACCGCUAGCGCAGAAGGUGCUGGCGUGUGCAGCUUGUUCAUUGAUGAGAUAGAGCACACAGAGAAAGUGUGGGCUACCAUUGCAGGCUUCCGGCCUAUGGAGUCUGAGUUCUACGUUCUAACUUUUGAAGACGACAGAGAACUCUUUGCAGUAAAAAGUGUUAUUAAAAAAGAAAACAUAAGAGACAUAAUAACCGACAGAAUGGUUCCAUUCAAGGAAAACAUCAUAAAAAUACGGCCUGAUAUCUGGGAGCAGGACGUGUCGUCUGUGAUGAGCAGAAUGUCUAUGCAAAAGAUCAAAAGCACAGAAAAAAAUGCACUCUCGGUUCUUAUCUCCUAUCUGCAGUACUUGAAAUAUGCAUUUACCCCGCAGCUAGUGGAGUACAGCGAGAAAAACAAAGACCACAUGUACAUCGAUGGGCGGACAAUCGAGAUGCUGUGUCUGGUGGAGGAAGACAGAAAAAGAGGGAAAAAACAGUUUUCUCUGAUGGCACAGAUAGACCAAACAAAAACAAAACAGGGGAAAAGACUGCUCAGACAGUGGAUUAUCCGCCCCCUUGCCUGCCUGGAAAAGAUAGAAAAAAGGUACAGCACAGCAGAAGUAUUUGAAAAAGCGCCUGAAAGAAGCCCCAUUGAGUCGUGUCUGCAGAACGUGUACGACAUAAAUGAUUUUGUAAAAAAAGCAAAAAACUACAAAAUACGCCCUGAUGAGAUAAGAAAGUUUGUGCACUCCUUGAAGUCUGUUGAAAAGAUGUAUCCACUGCUGAACUCAGUUGCGGAGGCACACGGAGAGCAAAAGAUUUCCAGAACAUGCAUACCAGAAAUCCUUGCUAGGCUCAGUCCAUAUGCAGUGUACAAUGAAAUAAUUUGCGGAUUUGACAUCGCAAAUGACAUUAUGCCGCUUGACACAGACCCUGAGCUGAUUGCAGCAGAGAAGUACAAACAGAAAGUUCUGAACAUCCUGGAGACCUACGGAAAAAACGAAUCCAAAGCAGCAGGAGUAGAUUUCGCCGUUAAAAAAAUAGGAAGAGAGCACUACUUAGAGUGCAAAUACACCACAAAUCUUCCGCCAAAGUACAUUCCCGCAGGAUCAACAAAAAACACCUCCAGAUACACAACUCCCGAGCUGCGCCGUCUCUCUGAAAGCUAUCUCGAGGCAGAAGAAAAGAUCACAUUCCUUGCCACAGAGUCUGUUGCAAGAAUCUCGAAAAGAAUAAGCGAAAACGAUGUAAAGCUGAAAGAUAUUUCGCUCGGAGUGGCUGCUCUGGACUGUCUUAUCUCCUUUGUAUAUAUUAAUGGAGUAAAGCCAGUUUUUUCAGAGUCCCUGGAGGUUGAAGGACUGACCAAUGUCAGACACACACACAUUUCCAACAAUUUGAAAAUAGGGACUGAGAAUAAAUUGGUUGUGGUGACAGGCCCAAACAUGGCAGGAAAGUCAACAUUCUUGCGCAAUGUUUCUGUUGCGAUUAUUCUCAGACAGAUCGGAGCAAAAGCACCUGCCACCCGCUUUUCAGCGCCUAUCUAUGAUCGAAUGUUCACGCGCAUUGGCGCAAGCGAUAACCUGAUCGAAGGCGAGUCAACAUUCCAGGUGGAGAUGAAAGAAACAGCAGACAUUCUAGUAAAUGCAACGGACAGAUCAUUUGUGAUAAUAGACGAACUGGGCAGAGGCACGUCCACCCGGGAAGGAUCUGCCAUCUCUUUGGCGGUAAAAGAGUAUUUGAAAAAGAUAGGGUGCACUGCACUGUAUGCUACACACUUCUUCAGCGCCAUUGCGAGCUCUGAUGUAACCAUGAAAAUGGACUACACAUACACGAAUAAUAACGGAAAAGAAGAAAUCCUUUAUCUGUACAAGCUCGUGGAAGGAGUGUGCAGAGACUCGUGCGGUAUUGAUAUCUGCAAAAUAACAAAAGUGCCAGCAGGAGUGAUUAGCAGGGCUCUUGAGAUAAAAAAAGCCAGAAGAGCUGUGCUUUUGAAUAUUUAG